UCUGAGUGAGAGAAGGGGGCGCCUCUUGUCUAAUAGCAGCAGCUUCUCGUUCACGCAAUUGGAAUGAGCAGGAACACCCUACAACUGCCAACCUGUGCGGGCAGAGGAGAGGGCAAGGAGGCUGUGAAAAGGGCUGAGUGCAACCCGAACAAGAGCAGAAACAAAACACAGCCAAUAAAGUUUGAAAGAGUUCCUCCACUUGGACAAAAGGGAAUGUCAGUUUGGGGGGGAAAUUGCAGGGAGCGGAAACUGUUGCUGAGAGUUUGAACCUGAAAUGAAUUCGAAGGAACGAUUUCAAGGAGAAAGUUGCGCCUAAAGAAGAAACCGCUUCUGUGCAAGUUUUAACCUCAAACUUUUUGUGUGAUUUUGGACUUUUACAUUUCUUUCGACCACGGACGAUCUCUCUCUCUGCACUGAACCGAACCCACAAGUGAGGGCGGUUGGAAGUCGCUUCGAGAGAGUUAGUUGAUCGCCUUUGGGGAGGGGUGAAGGAAGCUGCCCGGUUCUGGGGGCUUACCCCCACCCUGAGCCUCGCUCCAUUUCCCAGGGAUAGCUUCAGGCUGGGGGUAAUUCCUACCAAAAACCCCUCCCUCGCCCCCGCUGUCCCCACCCCCCAUCAGCUCGGCCUCUCUGGAGGGAACUGGGAAAACUCUUCUUGCUGCUUCCAACAUCAUCUUGCUCUGCACUGAGUUUGUGUUCGAAUUUAAACCCCGGUCUUAAUCACUGCCAGAUCUGAUCGCCUGAGAGCAAAGUCCGGCCAUUUCUCUCUCACACUCACACUGUCUUUCACUCAUACACAAACAUUGUCUUACACACACACACGUUCUACCUCGCUCACUCUUUCUCUCUCCGCCCCCCGCCCCUCUCCUACUGUCCCUUCCUCCCUCUCUCUCUCACUAUCCCUCCCCCUCUCCGUCUCACUGUCCCUCCCCCUCUCUCACACGAGCGGAUAUUUGGAUGAAUGGAGGACGCGUUUUGAAAUGGCCUGUGUACUGGAAUUCCGAGGCGACAAAGGAUCACUACCCUACAUUCUCGCACACUCCCUGCCCUCUUUCCCCCUGAUAACCACCGUCUGAGAGUGAACCCACCCGAUUCCCUCCCUAUCUCCUUCCUUCCCUCCUGGUUUAGAGGAGCCGAGCUGCUGUGACGGUGUCUGGCUGCAGUCAGUGCAAUUUCCUCUCUCGGUCCUGUCUCUGGGAUUCCGUUUGAAAUUCCCCACCCUCCUCAAAUCUGGUCCGUUUUGGUGGGGCUUUGCUGCCAGGAGUUGGGGUUAGGAGCCCAGCCUUUCCCAUGGACUGACUGACAGUCUCCCCGCCUUUCUCUCAGCCAGCAGCUACACAACAGCAUCUGAUUCCCCGCAUCUGCAAGAAUUCUUCAUCGUGGGAAGGGAAAGCAGUUUCUAAACGAUGACAUCGCCAGCUAAAUUCAAGAAGGACAAAGAGAUCAUUACUGAGUAUGACACUCAGGUUAAGGAAAUCCGAGCUCAGCUCCUGGAACAGCUGAAAUGUCUGGACCAGCAGUCAGAGGCCAGGGUGCAGCUCCUCCAGGAUCUGCAGGACUUCUUCCGGAAAAAAUCCGAGAUCGAGAUGGACUACUCGAAGAACCUGGAAAAGCUGGCUGAACGUUUCAUGGCCAAAACCAGGAGCGCCAAGGACCACCUGCAGUUCAAGAAGGACCAGAACAUUCUGUCUCCAGUGAACUGUUGGUAUUUGCUGCUGAACCAGGUGCGGAGGGAGAGCAAGGAUCACACCACACUGAGCGAUAUCUAUCUCAAUAACAUCAUCCCACGCUUCGCUCAAGUCAGUGAUGACUCCGUCCGCCUCUUUAAGAAGAGUAAAGAGAUCGGUGGACAGCUACAUGAAGAUCUGAUGAAAGUUUUGAAUGAGUUGUACACGGUUAUGAAGACCUACCAUAUGUACAAUGCUGACUGUAUUAGUGCGGAGGGCAAGCUGAAGGAGGCUGAGAAACAGGAAGAAAAACAGAUUGGCCGCUCAGUGAAGCAGGAUGACCGGAUGCUCGGCCGUUCCCCAGACCCGGCAGCAAAUGUACGAUUCGAGGAGAAACACCAGAGACGGAGCUCAGUCCGAAAGAUUGAGAAAAUGAAGGAGAAGCGUCAGGCAAAAUACACAGAGAACAAACUCAAGGCUAUCAAGGCAAGAAAUGAGUAUAUUCUGGCACUGGAAGCUACCAACAGCUCUGUCUUCAAGUAUUACAUCCACGAUCUGAACGACCUACUUGAUUGCUGUGACCUCGGCUACCAUGCCAGUCUGAACAGGGCAAUGAGGACAUUUCUGUCAGCAGAGAUUAAUGUUGAGCAGUCGAAGCACGAAGGGCUAGAAAUCAUUGAAAAUGCAAUUGACAAUCUGGACGCGACCAACGACAAACAGCGGCUUAUGGAGUUGUACCACACCGUAUUCUGUCUGCCACCAAAAUUUGAUUUCCAGGCACACAUGGGGGAUGGGGUCUCACAUCUGUGUGCCCAGCAGCCCGUUCAAGGGGAACUGCUUUUACGAUGCCAGCAACUGCAGUCCAGGUUGGCCACUCUGAAGAUUGAGAAUGAGGAGGUAAAGAAGACCAUGGAGGCUACACUACAGACAAUCCAGGACAUGGUCACGGUUGAAGACUUUGAUGUGGCUGACUGCUUCCAGUACACAAACUCCACCGAAUCUGUCAAAUCCACCCUUUCAGAAACAUUCAUGAGUAAGCCGAGUAUUGCCAAGAGACGAGCCAAUCAACAGGAAACUGAGCAAUUCUACUUCACGAAACUGAAAGAAUAUUUUGAAGGCAGAAACCUGAUCACCAAACUACAGGCGAAACAUGACCUUCUACAGAAGAUACUAGGAGAAAGCCAGAAGGCAGAUUAUUCCCUUGCCAGUGGACGAUGGAAUUCCAGUGUGAGGAAACAGGAUGGCAAUCAGAUCAUUCCUCUUGUGGUGGAAAGCUGCAUCCGUUUCAUCAGCCGACAUGGGCUGCAGCACGAAGGAAUUUUCCGAGUGUCAGGAUCACAGAUUGAAGUGAAUGAUAUCAAAAAUGCCUUUGAGCGCGGUGAGGACCCCUUGGCGGGAGAUCAGAAUGACCAUGAUAUGGACUCGAUAGCAGGAGUGCUGAAGCUACACUUCAGAGGAUUGGCCAGCCCGCUCUUCCCCAAAGAGAUUUUCCACGACCUAAUUUCCUGUGUCACAAUUGAAAAUCUCACUGAACGAGCUCAGGAAAUCCGUAAAGUUCUCCUGUGUUUGCCAAAACCCACCAUCAUCAUGAUGCGUUACCUGUUUGCCUUCCUUAGUCACUUGUCGCAGUUCAGUGAGGAGAACAUGAUGGACCCAUAUAACCUGGCAAUCUGCUUUGGACCCACUCUGAUGUCAGUGCCCGAAGGCCAUGACCAAGUUUCUUGUCAGGCUCAUGUUAAUGAACUCAUCAAAUCUAUCAUCCUGCACCAUGACAGCAUCUUCCCUGGACCGAAGGAGCUGGAUGGGCCUGUGUAUGACAAGGGGGCCACAGCAGAGGAUUACUGUGAGAGCCCUCAUGGAGACCCUGCCUCGGCUGAAGAUGUUGUGCAAGAUGUUGGAACAGAACCUCAUACAAGUGAAGACGAAGGUGAGCCGAUAGAAGCCAUUGCAAAGUUUGAUUACACUGGACGCACAGCUCGGGAGCUCUCCUUUAAGAAAGGCGCGAGCCUUCUGCUCUAUCACCGAGCUUCUGAGGAUUGGUGGGAGGGUCGGCAUAAUGGAAUAGACGGACUUGUCCCACAUCAAUACAUUGUGGUCCAGGACACUGACGACACAUUCUCUGACCAGUUGAGCCCAAAGGAUGAUGUUGAGCCGAGCAGUGCCCCUCCCCCAGUGGAACAGCCGCUGUGUAAAGGCAGCAUCAGUUCACCAACGGGACAUGUUGCUGAUAUCUACUUAGCGAACUUGAACAGGCAGAAGAAGAAGGCCGAGGCUAGCAGUGUGCGCCGCUCUUUCCGAUCCACUGAAGGACCUGGCGUUGCUGGCCAUGGGCUUGUGUCAGCUCCUACAGACAGAGAACCACAAACCUCAGCCAGUCCCCGGAGCUCUGCCCAGGUAACCCCAAACUGCAACAAAGAGACAGCGGAAAAACGGCCAGCGAUGGCGCAUGGGGGCCUGAACGCGGUUACCCGUCGACCCUCAGCCAAUAGGGUCGACAGCCCACAGGUCCGCAAGGCGAUGGCAGCAGGAAGGUCCAAGAGCUUCAGCAACCAUAAACCCCUGGAUCCGGAGUCAAUCGCCCAGGAUAUAGAGGCCACAAUGAAUUCAGCCCUUAACGAGCUCCGGGAAUUGGAGCGUCAGAGCACAGUGAAACAUGCCCCUGACGUGGUCCUAGACACCCUGGAACCCAUGAAGACGUCUCCAUCAGUGGCUCCGACGUCUGAACCUUCCAGCCCCCUACAUUCCCGCAUCGUGAAGGACUCUGAGUCCUCUCUGCAGAGGAGUGCAAGUUCCUCCGGGGAUAUGCCAUGCACCUUCAGGCCAGUGAAGUCUGUGAAAAUAGCAGCCCAGGUGAAGCCUCCCGCACUGAGGCCCAAACCUGUCGUCUUUCCAAAAACCAACCCAAACACCCCCAGCCUCGGCUCACCGACCACACAGCAACCGACAGACAAGUCCUGCACUGUGUGAAAGCGUCGGCGUAGACACACAGAUGAUUGAAAGAGUUGCGGUUUGUUUGUGAACAAAGAAAAGGGGGACGAAACUGGCAUCUUCAAUCAACGUUGAGCUGGAGAAGUGAUCGUGGCUUUGUGAUUGGAGUUUGGCAGCAUGCUCCAUCCAGAAUGCCAUUCCGUUCUAACUUGUUGUGAACUCUAGAUCUUCCUUCCAUUUCACACGAUGCAUUAAACCAGCAAAGGCCAACUUUUGCUUCAACGUAAUAUUUCUGUCUUCACAGUGAAACUAGGAACAAACCUAACACAGACAUCAUUCAGUCCUUCAAACCAAAUAAAUCUUUGAGUUGAUGUGUGCUCCAUCGGUCUCUCCAAUGUUCUCAAAUCCAUAGCUUCCCAAACUUUUGCCCAUGUAUCUACUGGAUUCAACACUCAUCCUGUGCCAUCGUGUUUGGUUAUUGAAGGAAAAGCAAAACAGCAACAAAAUCAUUUGUUGCCAUGAAGAGCAACAGUUUUAUUGUUUUGGUUAAAUCCUCAUGACUGCUACGGUGACACGGGUAUUUUGGGGCCAUUGGUUUGGCUCAAAAACUCACCACCAAAAAGUCACAUCCCUCAACAUGGUAUGUGCGAAAGCACCAGUUCUUAAAAGAAGAGAAAUUGGAAUCCAGGACUGGCUGUGUCCUCCUUAGCGUUUAAUGUUAUUUUUUUGAAGGCUGAGUACAUUUAUAGAAUGAAACAAAUAACAAGGCUCACCCUUUCAUGUGUCUUGGGAGCCAGGCCUUGUUAGCAGUUUCAGAGUUUAGCACAAAGCAGUUCCAAUUGCUGCAAUUAAUUUUGAAGUUUUUUUUAACGGACUUUUAUUGUGAACAGUUCAUUGUAAAUGGUGAGUUAUAUUUUGAAAGAUUCAUGGUGUUGAAAACUGGAAAUGUUUUGUAGGUUAGCUGAAAAAAAGCUAUUUUUAAGGGAGUUGUUCUUGAACACCCUUGGAUGCUGUACUGUAAAAGGACCACAGCAUAAUCAACAAACUGGCUUUUUAUUCCUGAAAUCUCUCAUUCAUUUAUUUGUGAUCUUAGAAAUGUUUAAAUUAAUUUUGAUUCUUAGUAAUUCCUUUUAUUUUGUCAAUGAAAUGUCCAGCCUGUUGACAAUAUUUUUGUGCUCAGUGUUUGACUAAAGUCUGAGAGAGUGAAUGAUGAUAUCUUUUAAGUCUGAGUGUGGAGAAUCAUUAAAACUGUCAGAAUGGCAGGGAGAUUCAUGGCAUGGCCCAGUGUUAGCCUCUUUCCCUCUGUGCUGAGGUGUCUGAUCUCAGGAAUUGCGGUUGAGCUGACUGCUUCUGGGUUAGGAGAGAGAAGCAAGCCUUAAGCCACUCUUAUUCCUCAGUAAAUGAGUAACCUCUCUCUCAGCCAUCUGUCCCAGUAGAAAUGCAGUGAUAUUCCCCUGAGUAAGUGCAGGACUGGGACUGUCCCAUGGUAGGAAGACAUUGGAACAUGCUCUAUCCAGGUGCCUGUUCCAUGAAAGGAGCAGGGAACACGUGGGACUCCAUCCCCUGACACCUGUCCGAGAUUUCCCUGCAGCUGCUGACCACAGUGAGAAACCCAAGGAAGCAGGCAGCUCCUUCUAGAAACUGGGACCUCACUCCAUCCACAGAUGGGAAUAAGAAGCACUUAACAAACCUCCUGGAACCUAACCCCUGCCCUGCCCAACUGCCCCACAAUGUACAGUGUUCGUUGUGGAGUACAGUGAGAAACUUCCCAGAAUAUUCCAAGGUGUUUAACAAAUGUCGGAAAGGAACUUAAUCAAUUAUUGGCUCCCUCCCACAACUCAACCCACUCAAUGAAAUGUUACAAUAAAUAAAACAAUCCUUUUACUUAACCAAUGGGAGAAUUUGUUGUAGCUGCUUGAUUUCAGAAUCUGGCUUCACCAGUGCCCAGUAACGGAGAUGCAGAAUUGACAGCUUUCAUUGAAAGAAACUGAAUACUGAGUCAGCCAUGUGUGUGGGGACAAUAAUGGAUCUUCACAGACUCCCCCUUACCCUCAAUUGGCCCAUCAUAGCCCCUCUAACCCUCUUCUCACCUUCUAUAGAUACUCCAUUCUCUGGUCUGCUAAAAAUACCCCCAACUGCCUUGAUCAGCUCCAGCUACCCUCUCCUUUGAACUGCCUCUGAUACCUGCACUGCUCUAAGUCAGCCCUCCAACUCCCUCUGCAGUGAGGGUAUUUAUAUCCCGAUUCUAAAUCUUGUGGGCUGCUGAUUCCCACAUGAUCCUGGGGUAGAGGGGGUAGGGGCUGAAGGGCAGGACUGGGAUUAGAGGCGGUGACAUUGAGGGUAAUUAUUGUUGCGUUGUGGGGAUUAGUCAGUGGGAGGAGUCAGGCGUUCACAGACAAUUCACGGCUUACAGGGGAACUGAUCAAAUCCAUUGUUAUUGACAAAAACCAAAACUGUAGAUAACAAGGUGUGGAGCUGGAUGAACACAACAGGCCAAGCAGCAUCUUAGGAGCACAAAAGCUGACAUUUCGGGCCUCAACCCUUCAUCAGAAAAGGGGAUUGGGGAGAGGAUUCUGAAAUAAAUAGGGAGAGAGGGGGAGGCGGACUGAAGAUGGAUAGAGGAUUCUCCAGCAUCUGCAGUUCCCAUUAUCUCUGAUCACAAUUUUAACCUCACUGCGAAGCCUCUUCCAGGGAUGCCUAACCUGAAGAAGUUACCCUCCUCCUUCUGGAUCAACCUCAGGGGAUCUCUCUCCCACACUCCCCUAUCCCACUUCAGUCACUGUACCCAGAAUGUUAACUCCCAUUUCUCUUCAUAGAUGCUGCCAGACCUGCUGAGCUUUUCCAGCAAUUUCUGUUUUUGUUCCAUUGAGAUCGAUCUUUGGCCACAGGGUCAAGGCUCAGAGAGGUUCGAGCAGCAUGGAGUGGAAUUGGUUUUGGAGUGUUGAUGCUGAGGGAUCACUCACACCUUCACAAACCAGGAAGUUAAAAGAUUCAAUAUUGCAAAGUGAUAUGAGAAAACCCUCAUUUCAAAUCCCUGUCCUUUGAAUGACCCACGCCUGAUCUGACAAUGAGGGUGAGGUGGGUAUAGUGAGUGUGGGGACAAUAGGCUUUUCUCCUGUUAGACACUAACACCAGCCACCCUCUCUCAGCUCCUCCGUCAGUCCCUCAGGCCAACUUAGUAUCAACCGUGGGCUUGGUCAUUAGCUACCUAGAUCAACAGUGGGGGCGGGGUGAUCCUCAAUCCUGGCAGGCUAAACCCCUGUUAGAUACCCCUGUUCCCAAUUGGUACCGACAUAUCCAUCAACAGGUCCUGAUCCCUUCAAACUCAGAAACCGCCCUGAUUAGGUUGGCCCUAUGGAUCAAAGUACCAUGCAGUUAGGCUUCAUUUUCUAUACAAAUCAGGCUGAACCCAGCACUGAUCAUUUUACACUGACUCCUAGUGGACAGUGUGGAGGUGAAAUGUGAUGCUUCCUACAGUGGGACAGUGUGUAGCCACGCACAUGAGACACUGCCUUAGGCUAGAUCCCAGAUUGGUCAUUGUCACAAAGCCAGUAGCUUCAGGGAGAAGUGGGAGCACUGUCUGGUCAAGUUCCUCGUGACUCCCUAUCAUUCAGUAUCAGGAAUCUGGUUCACUAAUGGCUGGGAGAGUUCCUACCCAAUGGUGUUGAUGUGUUCAGACCACUGCAUAAAUAAGGCUGUAAUAAUUAAUUGUAUGGAGUAUUUGUGUAUAUGUAACUACACAGUGACUGUAAGGUACAGCAUUUUCUGGUACAGUAUUGUGCAGAAUAUUAGAUAUUAGUGUCAAAACAAUAAAUCUCAUUUAGUCUCCAAA